GCAGGGGGGAGGGGUAAACCCCUCCCCGAGCGGGGAUAGUGGACGAUAGAAGAGGAAACGUUCUUAACCGCUCACGCCUGGAGGGCUGGUGGGAUUUGGGCCCAGUCACGCGGCUCAAUCGGUGUCGCUUUUCAGACGCCGAGAUCGCCGAGUUCGACGACCUUUGGGGCGCGGAGAAGUGGACGGUGAGCCAUGUUGCAGAAUUACGGAAGAAAGUUGCGGAGAGCGUGGGUCCACCUGUCACGCCCGAGGUGGCGACGUUGGACCUCAUGAGGGUGAGGAUGCCAGCAAUUCGAACGACACGGGGCCCAGAGUGGAUUCAGUGGGCAGCGAAUUGCCGCGAUGCGUUUCGCAGUAUGGCGAUUCGACUCGAGUGGCCUCGCAAGACGGAGCACUUCAAGUUCACGUUCGCAAAGCAAAGGCCUUGUGUGUUGGCCAUGACCAGGCUUGAGGUCGCGAUGGAUGUGGAGCCUAUUUUGGAUGGGCCCGAUUGGCAUGAACGCGAUUUGGUUGUGUGGGAGCACAGCUUUGUCCUCAUGUUUGCCGACGUGCGUUGCAGCGACACGGGUGACUUCGACGGUGCCACUCCUUCGUUCUUGCCAGAUGUUUUCAUGGGGCCGUCUGGGUUCCUGAGUUCCGAUGCGGACUGGAUGUCGUUGGCGGAAGCCAAGCGUGCUUUGCCAUGCGAGCAGGGGGCGCGCGUCGACCGCCGAAACGGCGAGGUCGACGCAGUCCCCGGAGCAGUGGCACCAGAGCCAUGGAUGGAGGAAAUGUUCAUGUGGGACUACCUGGCCAACGGCGAUACCGGUGGAGACGACUCCACCUUAGGGCCCCGACGGGGAAGUCGGAAAAAGGACAACAGCGAUGAUGAGAGUUCUUCCUCUGAUAUUUCCGAGGGGUCGUGGGUAGACGAGUUCGACGCCAUGGCGUUGCUAGGGGCAAGCGUGUGGACUUGGAGGCUGAGGUGGACAAGGGCAAGGACCACUUCGGGUGGCAGAUGCGCGGAGGCAAAUGGACCAUGAAGCAUGUUGGAGUGCCGUAUGACAGUUUCAGGGCCUUGGCGAAGACGAUGGAAGCGAGGUCCUUUUGUCUGUGCUACGGCCUGCGCAAGUCAGCGACUUUCGGAAUAAAUGCGUACGGAGACGAGAAUUGCUUGGCCUUGUGCCAGGCUUGGGUUGAAACAGUGUUGUGGUGGUGGAACUGUUGGCAAGCUCAUGGUGGCCGGCCUGGCCACAGAUUCACGCCUGGCGACCGUGCUGGAUUCGUGGAGCCCGUCGGUAUAGCGGACUUGUACCGAGAUGGCUCGCCGGCGCUACGCAAGCGCAUAGAUGCUAUCAGGCUGAUCGCACCAGCAGGCAUUCAGAAAUAGGACAAUACACCGGAAACCUUACA